GUUUGUCCAAUGAGCUGAGAGAGCGAUGCGCGCAGACAACGAGGAAGUACAUGAAAUGUAACCUAAACAACUUGUGUCGGAAUGGAGCAUCUGUCCGCGGCGCACACACGCUUCUCUCUCAGUCUCUUCCAGAAGAUCUCUGAGGGACACGCGUCAGUAAAUGUCUUCUACUCUCCUCUCAGCAUCUCUGCUGCUCUCUCGAUGCUGUCUCUCGGAGCUGCAGGAAACACGGCGUCUCAGAUGUCCCGGACUUUGCAUUUUCCUGAAGCAGAAGGUGAAAUGCACGCUGGCUUCACUAAACUCCUGAGCGAGAUCAACCGAGCCGGAGCUCCGUACACACUGAGUCUGGCCAGUCGGCUCUAUGGAGAGCAGUCCUACACGUUCAUCGAGAAAUUCAUUAGUGACACAAGAAGCCUGUACGAGGCUGAGCUGGAGACGGUGGACUUCACCAGUAAUGCAGACGCGGCUCGUGUCAACAUCAACAGCUGGGUGCAGAAGCAGACACAAGAGAAGAUCCAGGAUCUUCUGUCUGAGGGCGAUGUGGAUUCUCUGACCAGACUGGUGCUGGUGAACGCUAUCUACUUCAAGGGCAGCUGGGAGACGAAGUUCAGAGAGGAACACACCAGAGAGCAGCAGUUCAACCUCAGCAAGGUCAGAGUUCACCAGGGCUUUCACUCUUAA